AUGACGUUCGGGGCCGAGCCGUACGCCGGGAUCCGCCUGGCCGAGGUUCCCGAUCUGCUGGAGAAGGGCGAGCGGCUCUCGCAGCCGCAGAUCUGCACCAUCGACGUCUACAUGGUGAUGGUGAAAUAUGCAGAGCCCACCGGGGGCUCGGUACCGGAUCCGGAGGAAGAGGAGGAGUACGAGUACAUGAACCGGCGGCCGGGGGGGGCCCCGGGAGCCCCCCAACCCCGGCCGGCCUCGCUCGAAGAGCUGGGCUACGAAUACAUGGAGGUGGGCUCAGAAGCGGGGGGACCCCCGGGUGCCCCCCAAGGCCGAGGAGCGCAGGGCGACGAAGGCGGGGAUGAAGAAGAGGAAGAGGAGGACUACGAGUACAUGAACAAACAACCGCGGCUCAGCCGCUCGCUGGGCACCGAGCCCACCGGGGCCGUGCCGGGACCCCCAAGGCACGACGGCUACACCGAUAUGAGGGCGGGGGACGGCGCCGCGACCCCCGCCGAGGACGAGCAGGGCUACGAGGACAUGGAGGCCGUGCUGAGGCCGCGCUGCCCCGGCUGCCGCAGCCCCCCCGGGCCCGGCAUGAAGCCCCUGCGGAGUUUGGAAGCCUCGGACUGCGCCUUCGAUAAUCCCGAUUAUUGGCACAGCCGCCUCUUCGCCAAGGCCGAUGCCCAGCGGACUUAGGGAGACCCCCCCCCCCCCACAUCGGGGGGGCUCACACUGGAUAUGAAGGAUCCCCCCCCCCAACCCCCGGGGGGAUGAGCUGCAGCCGGGUUAGGGCGGGGAUUUGGGGGUCUCGGCCCCUUUUUGAGGCU